AUGUUUAAAAAAUUUACAAAAUUAAACAUAAACGACAUUCUGUCACCUUCUCUUUCCUUAUCUCCUUCUUUCUCUCUCUCUCUGCUUCUCUCUUUCUGUUUUUCUCUCUCUUUCUCUCCUCUCUUUCUUUCUCUGUUUCUGUUUCUCUCUAUAUAUUUCUCACUCUCCUUCUCCGCAUCUCUUUCCCUCACUCUUUCUGUCUACCUCUUUUUUUCUUACUCUUUCUGUUUGUCUCACUCCUUCCCUCUCUUUCUCUCUCUCGCUUUCUACCGCUUUUUCCCUCUCUUCCUCUUUUUCUCCUUCUUUCUGUUUCUCUCUCUCCUUCUCCCCUUUCUUUCUCUCCCUUUCUAUUUCUCUCUCUCUCCUUCCCCCUCUCUUUCUCUCUCUUUCUGUCUCCCGCUCUUUCUUUCUCUCUCUUUUCUCUCUCCUUCUCCCCCCAUCUUUUCUUCCCCCAUCUUUCCCCCCUCUGUAUGUAUACCUCUUUUCUUUCAGUCUUUCCUCCGGUGCAUCUAUUUUCCGUUGUCUGUUUUAAUAUGUUUUAAUAAUGACAAAGGAAAUCGAUGCCAUAAUAAAAAUCAAUCAGUCAGGUACCUCGCUGUGUCAAUGUCUGGACCUCAAAUGACAGGGACGAGAAUGAAAUGA